GCAGGAAGCCCAGUGCGGCUACACCAUCAUCGUGAUGGCCAUCUUCUGGUGCACGGAAGCCCUGCCCCUGGCGGUGACCGCUCUCUUCCCCGUCCUCUUCUUCCCCCUCAUGGGCAUCAUGGACUCCUCCACGGUGUGCAUGGAAUACCUGAAGGACACCAACAUGCUCUUCAUCGGGGGCCUCCUGGUGGCCAUCGCGGUUGAGCACUGGAACCUCCACCGGCGCAUCGCCCUGCAGGUCCUCCUCAUCAUCGGUGUCCGGCCGGCCUUGCUCCUGAUGGGCUUCAUGGGUGUCACGGCCUUCCUCUCCAUGUGGAUCAGCAACACGGCCACCACAGCCAUGAUGGUGCCCAUCGCCCAGGCCGUCCUGCAGCAGCUGCAGAAGUCGGAGCUGGAGCAGAGCGCAGCGGAGCAGGGGGCCGCCCAGAACGGGACCAUCAACCGGGCCUUUGAGAUGCAGGAGGCCCCCCCGCAGCAAGCCCAGGUGCAGGUGGUGGUGAAGGAGAAGCUGCCGGAGGAGGCUGAGCCGAAGCUGGACGAAGAGCGGCAACAGCUGCAGCAGAAGCACCAGACCUUUUGCAAAGGGAUGAGCCUGGCCGUCUGCUACGCUGCCAGCAUCGGGGGCAUCGCCACUCUGACGGGCACCACCCCCAACCUGGUCAUGAAGGGGCAGAUGGACGAGUGAGUC